AUGGUCCCGGGAGUCUAUACCCAGGCCUUCUAUCAGGACGAACUGCUAGCUGGAAAUGUCACCGUCACUGUGAAAGCCACAGCAACAGCAACUGCCACAAUCACCGCAUCAAAUCCCAUCAUCACGGAAGACCGAACCCAGAUUUUCCAAAUCGGUGACUACAAUGGGCGCCCUGUUGGAUUCCUCAACGCAGAUAAGCAAGAGCGCAUGCACGUCUCUGAUAAUCGGAUGGGCGCAUGGGAUACGCCCACUUUCAUUGUCGGGACCAAUUCUGUCGGGGACUUCGCAAUGGCCAUUUUCCAGGAUAUUAACAACAACCGGGAGAUUGAAUUAGACCUUGACAACGAGAUCACUGCCGUGGCGAAAAUUCGAAUCGAUACCACACUCGCGUUCUACUAUGGAGAGCCUACUGUGCAGGCGAACGAUUACGUUUGCGAGAAUUUUGAGAACCCGAAUGGGUCGGGCGGUUGUGGAAUCACAAAGCGAAUGACUCAUGGCGACAUGACGGUCUACGUCUGCGACAUCCCAGCAGGGAUCAUCGUUGCAGGCAUGAACACUGUCACGCUAGGCGUCACCUCUAAUGCAGAGGGUCCCUCCUGGCUGUCUCCUAACUAUAUGAGGCAGAUAUUGGUUACCAUUCCCAGUAGUGAUAUUGGCUGGCUAUCUUGUUACCAGAUUCGCGACUUCAUCGAGCUCUACUACUAA